AUUGACUGGACUCCAUAUGUCCUGGUUGUUGCUCAGUCUGGUCACAAAUGUAGAGUUCAGUGGAUUCAGACUUGGGCUGCAGAGCCAAGCUUUGAUGUAUGUGACUUUAUUUGAUAUUUUAUUCUAUGACAAUGUGAGGAAGAGGAGGGUCCCACUGUUAGGAGGAGUUCACGGGGCAGACCCACACCUCAGUAGACUGGUUUACUAAGCCUCUAAACUGAGCCCCACCCGUUAACUGACGGGUAAAUUCGCAAAUGGAUGGAGAACAUACUUGACAAGACUUCAGCUCUAUCGCGUCUCCACUCGGCCGAGGUCUGGCGGGGCUGUCUGGCUCCACUUAAAGGCGCCGCGUCGCUGUCUGCCGCUGCUCAGCUCGUCCAGGGAGAAUCUUCGACCCAAACAUGGCGCUUCAAAAGGCCGAACUGGACCUACGUGCCGGGCUGGCAGGCACCAGCGAGGCCGGACACCAACACCCCCGAGGCUGCGGUGUGAACUAAGGCGGCGAGAUGCAGUCUCUGCCCGUGGAAGUGGGCAGCAGCAGCAGCUCGGCAACUCAGUCUGGCCCCGAGGUUCAGGUGGUCUUCCCCGUCGCCCAGACCUCCGUGCUGGACUCUCUCAACCAGCAGAGGGAAGAUGGGCGUCUCUGUGACCUCUCCAUCCACGUCCAGGGUCACGUCUUCAAAGCUCACCGCUGCGUCCUGGCCGCUUCCUCGCCGUACUUCCAUGACCAGGUACUUCUGAAGAACAUGUCAAGCGUCUCCAUCCCGGCGGUGAUGGACCCGCUGGCGUUCGAGAGCGUGCUGCGCUGCGCCUACACGGGUCAGCUGCGGAUGCUGCGCGACGACAUCGUCAACUACCUCACGGUGGGGAGUGUGCUGCAGAUGUGGCACAUCGUGGACAAGUGCACCGAGCUGCUGAAGGACGGGAGGGUGGCGUCCGCUGACAGAGCUGGCGUCGGCGGCUCGUCUGAGAAUCCCGGGUGUAGCAGCAGUAACGGAGAGGGCGGCGCCGGGAGAGGGUCCAGCUGUGAUCAGGUGGUGGGGUCGAACCAGCACCAGAGCGCGGCUCAGCCGUCCAGCAGGCCGGCGGCCAGCGAGAGUCAGUCUCCCAGCAGCACCAACUACUUCAGCCCCAGAGACGGCAGCAGCUUCGCAGGGAGCGGCACGGCGGGCGGCAGGGCAGCCGCAGAGGGAGGGCGGCCGAGCAACACCCCCAGCUACUGCACCCCGUCUGGGGGAGAGGAAGCUUUCCUCAUCGAGGAAGAGGAGGACGAGGAGGAUGAGGAGGUGUUGUUCCAGCAGAAGAAGCGAGCACGAGGGAGCGCCAAGAGAAAGAAAGCGGCCUCGGCGUCGGAGCAGGUCAUGGGAGUCAGCGACAGUUUUGGCGUGUCGUCCUACCAGGGCGGAGAGGAGCGAUCCGCUGUGCCACAGAAGCGCUCGACCUUCAGCCAUCCCAACAUUGUGCCACGCAAACAGUGGGUCAUGGUGAAAACGGAGCACCCGGAGGACGACGACCUCAUCGUGGUGUCCGGGGAAGAGGUCGGAGAGGAAGACGAUGAGGAAGACGAAGAGCGGGACCUGGACCUGGCCAGAGAGAAGGCCCGAGACUUCAACAUCUGCAACGUCAGGAGUCUCUCUGGAGAACCGAGCGACCGAGCAGAGCCAGAUCUGGACUCGCAGCUGGACUACUGCCCGUCCUCAGAGGACUACCUCAAGUUUGAAGGCAGCCUGAUGGACCAGGCUUUGGCCCAGCACAUUCACGACAGCGCGACGAAUCAGAGCGCCAGUCGAGCGGUCACGGCUCUGCUGGGCCAGGUCCAGUCUGCUGCCGGUGCCCGGGCCCAGCUCUUCCCUCUGGACAUGCAGGGGAAUAAGAUCCUGCUCUACAGUCAGGCGUCGGGACUCCCGGUGGACGCAGCCCCGCCUGCCCUGGAGAUGUCAGGCGGAUUGAUCGGAGGCUCGCCCUUCAAAGGUCCCGGUCUGGAGCACGGUGCGGUCCACGUGUCCCUGCAGAGCGCCGUGGCUGGUGAGUGCGAGAGCAGCGGGGUGGGCGGCGCCGGUGGAAGCGGCUCGGGGAAGGUGUUCAUGUGCCACUGCGGGAAGACUUUCACGCACCGAAGCAUGCGGGACCGGCACAUCAACAUGCACCUGGACCUGAGACCCUUCCACUGCCCCGUCUGCGCCAAGAAGUUCAAGAUGAAGCACCACCUGACGGAGCACAUGAAGACCCACACGGGCCUGAAGCCCUACGACUGCGGCAGCUGUGGGAAGAAGUUCAUGUGGCGCGACAGCUUCAUGAGGCACCGCUCGCACUGCGAGAGACGCGGCGGCCUGGUGGAGGCCGGCGACUCUGGCGGCGGCAGCAGCAGUGACCCGGGGAGGGCUGCGGGGGAAGAGGGCGCCGGGCUGAUGCCCUCCCCGCAUCACCACCUCCUCUCGCCAGGAGAGGGUAGCAGCAGAGGUGGGCUGCCCCUGUCCUCCCCACUGCUCACAGCGCAGCACGCAGCGCCCUCUGGAGGCAACUCUGCUGCCAUCAGCACCGGCCCUAUUCCCGUAGGAAGCUCAACCCAAGGCUUGUUUGACAGUUUAGGGCGGAGCCUCUGCAACCCAGACAACGCUAGCGCUAACUCAAGCAGCACCUCUUGAGCUGCUCUUUCAAAUCUGGGGGGGGAUUUGGGCGUUGCACAACAACAUUCCACAUUUAAAGCACAAGUCCCGUCAUCGACCAGUUGGUGUUUACAUUCCUGAAAACAUUUGGUGCCAAUGCGGCAUCAUUCAAGCACAUUCCCAUGAAGAAGUGACCUCUGAAAGUGGACCAUCUCAGAUGAGUGUGUGAGAUUACAGUGGAUUUUAUUUUCGACCAGAUAAGGAAUGGCACUGUUGGUGUCUUUAGGCUGUGGGUGGGACUCGUAGCACCUUUACUUCUAGUCUACGUCCAGAAAGUUAAGGUGUUUUCUCUCAUAUUCUGGGUCAAACAACAUGGCAGAACUGUUUAAAGACUUUGGACUGAGGCAACAUUCCAACCAGCUGGACCUGGCAGAGUCCACAGGUCUCUGAAAGUGAUGCUCCUUUUGAGUAUUUCGAGGUUACAAGGUCUCAAUGUGGCAGUCACUCAAACACAUAGUCUGGUUGCCAAAUUGAAACUGUCUUGCGGCGAACCAAGUUCUCUGCCAAACUUGGAGAGGUAUUUUGGCGUGAGGUUCACUGAUCCUGCACAAGGAACAUUUUCACUUCUGGUUGAAUUCCUCCACUGUGGGACUUUUAAAAGGUCAUCUCAUCUGAUCUAGCAAUACCAAACUGUUACUAGCGUUGGGUUUGAAAGGGAAGACAUUGGGCUUUAGCGCACAGCUGUUGGGUGAAACAAGGUCACAGCGCACUGUCACAGCACAUUAAGAGGAUCAGCAGUCAGAGAAUAUGACUUCAACUCAUCACAGGAGGCUUUUCAGAGGACGCGUUCCCUUCUGUUUAGACUGUUCUGUUUAGUAAGGGUGGCAAGUGAGGGGCCCAAGAAAGGGGAUCGCGGACUGGUGAGGGAGUGAAACCGCAGUGAAAACAGAGCGGUGGAAGACGAAGGAAAAUUCUUUUCGCCCGAACACCCGAAGUGUCAGAAGUAAAAUGGGGCCAGAUAAGAAGGAAAAUCAGUGAUGCAGCCUCUGCGACAGCUGUGAGAGACUCACACAUCAUAGAAGUCCAAACACUGGAGCUGCCUCUUCUUCUUCAUGUGACCCACUGACAGAGGCCGCCACGUCCAAUGAGGCGACUAACUCCAAAGAGGACAGAGGAAAUACUGGUGACGCAGUGAUGAAGCUUCAUGAAGCCUCAUUUUCUGGACUCACAGAGGGACUCUACAACCUAUUGGCAUUUUACAUUGAAUUGAAAUGAGGAGAGCAACCGACUGAGCUGUGAAAAGGAGGAUCAACCUCUGAGGCAGCAUCACUACUGAUGUGAGGUUUUGACUCUCUACCCAGACAAAAGCUGUUCAGCAGCAUGAUGGGACUUAAGUGUGAGUUUUCUCUGAUCAACUGUGCAUCAUAACUAUAAAUGUAUCGUAGCCCGGAUUCCGUCGUAUCGAGGUGCUGUGAUACCCAGCUGGGUUGACACCAAACCGUGGGUCAUGUUGCCCGAUCUGUCAGACGGGUCGGAGCGUUGGAAGCCUUUUAUUUUUGUAGACCUUUGUUCCACUUGUUUCACACGAGAUUGUUGCAGAUACAAGUAUUGACGUUGUUUGUGGUCGGUGAAGAUGUGCAGCACUUCUGCUGUCAAAUGUGUGUGGAAGAAUAAAUUAUUGGUUCCAAAACAAUCGCCUCAUUUUUUCCCCCCCAUCUUCCACUGACAUGAACUUGUGUUGAGCGGAUCAAGCCUCACGUCUGAGCCCUCUAGAUGGCGCUCUCAGAUCAAUGUUAAUGAAACUUCAUACGGCGCCCCCUUCU